AAUUAAAUCAUCAGUACUAGUUUUGCAUUAUUAUCAAACGCAUUUGGUGCAACCAUGAAUUCUUACGGUAGUCUGAUGGUACUGAUGUUCGUCGCGGUGGCAAAGGGCAGCUUCGAGCACCACGGAGGGCACCACGACCUUUCGCACACCGUCGAGGUGACCAAGCACGUGCCCGUGCCGGUUUACAAGCACGAGACCGUGCCAGUGCCACAUGCCGUGCCAGUACCAGUGCCCAAGCCAGUGGCGGUGCCAGUGCCACAACCGUACCCGGUGCACAUCAACGUGCCCCAACCUGUGGCCGUGCCAGUGAUCAAGACCAUCACCAUCCCCGUGGAGAAACCGGUGCCUUACAAGGUGGAGAAGGAGGUGCACUAUCACGUGGAGAAGCCAGUGCCCGUGCCAGUUGAGAAGCACGUGCCAGUGAAGAUCACCAAGCCGGUGCCAGUUAAGGUGCCCGUCUACAAGGUGGUGUACCACCACAGCAAGCACCAUUAAUCCCGAUGGGGUGGGAGCCGUGAGGUUUGAUGCAAGACUGAUACACCAAUUGUUUUUCUUAUUUGUUAUUUUCUUCUUGUUAUGUUUUGUUAAAUAAAUAAUGUUAUUGUUGAAAAAGUU